AGGCGGUGCUGCUGUUUUGCUGUCGAGUCACCUCUGUCGGGAUGGAGGAAAACCACCGCUAUAAUGCCGCAUAACGAAGGAUUCCGACAGCUGAGCAUCUCAAACCGGGACACUUAAGACACAUAACAUCAUUUAUGCUAAAUCGUUACAAUCGGUACAAUUACGUUUUGUCAAAAUGAUGGAAGAAAUCGACAGGUUCCAGGUACCUCCAGUCAACGGAGAGACGCAACCUUUGGAUCCAGCAGCUUCCUCUAACUCAGAGACCGAUCCUGAUGCCAAAGCAGAAACAGUGGCCAUAAACUACAAGCCCUCACCACUUCAAGUCCAGAUAGAGAAACAGAGAGAUCUUGCCAGGAAGGGCUCAGUGAAGAAUGGCACUGUGGGUAGUCCUGUCAAUCAACAACCUAAGAAGAAUGCUAGAACAAGGUUGGUUGUGCCAAAUAAAGGCUACUCCUCUUUAGACCAGAGCCCAGAUGAGAAGCCCCUUGUAGCACUGGACACCGACAGUGAUGAUGACUUCGACAUGUCCAGGUACUCGUCAUCAGGAUACUCCUCAGCCGAGGUGAGAUGUCUGAGGGACCAGCAAAUCAACCAGGACCUCAACAUCCAGCUCCUGAAGGACGGCUACCGGCUCGAUGAGAUUCCAGAUGAUGAAGACCUGGAUCUGAUCCCCCCCAAAGCGGUCAACCCCACCUGCAUGUGCUGCCAAGCUGCUCCCUCCACAGCGUGUCAGAUCCAGUAGCAUCAUCUUUUUCUUGACAAAGGAAGGAAAAAAAAUUGAAAAUCUCCUUUCUGGCACAUGCUCCAGGACAAAUUCUCAGCAGUGACCGCAAAGAGAAGUGGGAAAAAUGUUUGCACACCUUGAGGUGGAAAAAAAUAAAGGGUCUGUGUCAGGUAGGUAACACAUUUUGGAAGAACCAGUGGAUGUUGUGCACCUUCCUCCUAUGGUUGGACAUGUGCACCUUACAUUUGCAUUGUGAAGUGAAAUGAUGGUACAAACAUAAGCUUGAAGGAAAAACUAUUACUUUUUGUCCUUAUUGUCAUGGAUUUUUUUUUUGCUAACAUGGACCAUUAAGGACUAUGAAUUACUUGUAGAAAGGACACAGGAUGAAAGACCAGAUAUACUGAUUGGAAUGUGUGCGGAUUCUCUUAGCUUUGUCUUCCUGUGUAUAUACUGUAUGUCUAACAUGAACAUGAUGUUUAUGUGUGAGUAUAUCCAGUAAACACAGAAAAGUAGCGUUGAACCAUCAAGCUACUGAUAAAACACUCGUAGUCCAAAUCUUAGUUUCCUGAUGUAUUGUCUGUUUCAUGAUUUCGGUUAAAAAUCAAAUAAAAAGUGCAUGUUGCUUGUUUACACUGUGUCGAAUAGCCGACGUGUGCCCACUUUAGUUGACCCUGUACCACACACACGCACCAGUCAGACAUCAUUCACAGUAAUAUUAUUAUUUUCAAGAUGCUAUUUUGUAGAAAGAAAAAGCUUGUCAGCUAAUUAACUUCCUUUGUGCAUCAAUGCGUAUGAAGGGAACAUGUUCUCAUGAGAAUUUAGUAGGACGUUGUACAAAACAUUGUAUUAUAAUAAUAACUGGACAUUUUUGCAGCAACAUGAGCAUUACUGCAUGUGUGUGUGUGUGUGUGAGCUCUGUGUGAUUAGCAAUUAAAAAAAUAACGCCAGAUGUAGGUAACCUCAAAAAUAUUGGUUUUCUAUCUACUUUUUGUACAAAAAUCCUACUAAUUUCUUGUGAGAGUAUGCUAAGAUAGCAUAGCAUAAAGUCGUGUGCAAUUUGCUGUACCUGCCGUGAAUUCUGACAGUAUACUCUAUUAUAGAAUAUCUUCUUGUUUUUGUAGAUGUUUCUUUUUUAAGGAAGGCGUAAAAUAAUUUUAUUCCUUAGUUUUAUUUAAUGUUUGUUGUUUUGUGCUUAUCCACCCCCAUAUUUGUUUGAUUUACUUAUGUGUAACACCACAGACACAGCUUUGCAUUGUCACUGCCAAUGGCCUUUUGUCACAUGGUCGCUUUGUCUUCACUACACGGCUCGCACUCAGCUGAUUUCUGGUAUGUGCUGUUUGAUUUCUGGUAUGUGCUAUCACUUGUGUCAGUCUGUUAUGAAAAAGUACACCAUUAAAGACUAAGGCCAACACCCUAAAUAUUAGAACUUAGCUGACAUAUUGAGCAAACCCUUGCAUUCAUGCUUCAUUACUGGCCUUGUGCCCCAUACUGUAUGUUUACAUCCCUUUUGUUUUUAUUAGAAAUACUACACCAAGCCAUGUUGUAUAACUCAAAUGUUUCUGGUUUUUUGUAUGUGAUCAAGAGGAUAAGUCAUGUUUUUGUUUUCAGAAUGUGUGGAUAGAAGCAAAUCCAAGCCCAUUAUGGAGUGUUGCUGGUUUGAGCAUCAAUCCAUACAUUGUCAUGCAAAUAAGGUGCCAUGCGUAGAUAGUUGUUUGACAGUAAGAUGUGUAACGUCAGCUCACACAAAUAUACUCUCACUGUGUAAAAGAUGCUUAACAAUCAUGUGGUGCGGUGGUCUUCUUAGGAACACUUUCUGACAAGUAUUUCAUUUAGAAUGUAGAUUCACUACUGUCUUUGGUCCAAAAUAAUGCUUUGUAACAUAUUUAUUUACAGUUGUAAAUUUUAAAUUAUUUUCUAGUUAUGUGUCAUAAUUUCAUUCAUUUUUUUUGUUAUUUUCUACGGCAGAGGCUUAUUAUGAUGAUGACUGUAAAAUGGUUCCAUUUAGACUUUUAACAGUGCUCAAGUCCUGUGUAUAGUGCAACAUGUCCAAAAAAUAAAUACUAGAUAUCAGAAUC